AUGUCUACUACUAUAGUUUUCUUCUCUAUAGGCAACCCGGGGCCCCAGACCAGACACUCAGUAGGACACCUUGUCCUCAAAGAGCUAGCGGACGCGUUCGAGACGAAACAGCUAGUCAAGCGUGGGAAGUACUCCAUCACCAGACUAGAUAACCUCGUCCUUGUCAAAUCUAACGUAUACAUGAACGAGUCAGGUGCCCUGCUUCGAGCGUUCUUGGCCAAUGAACGUGUGGGAAAGUGUACAAUUGUAGUUGUCUAUGACGAUUUCGAGUUGGACCUCCCCAAGGUGCGUGUGCAAGCAUUGAAGAAGAACGAGUCUCACAAUGGCAUCAAAGCGGUGCAGAAAGAGGUGUAUUCGCUUCCGCAUACCGUGUAUAAGCUAGGUGUGGGCGUUGGACCAAAGCCGCAAGGUGCGUCCAAAGACACAAUGGCAUCAUUUGUGCUUUCUGAUUUCACUCCGCAACAGAAGCAAUCAUAG